CCUAAAAGAAAAAGAAAAUAAAAAAGAGGUCAGAGUAUGUCAGGCAUUUACGAUCCAAAACUAAUUCCCAAAUAACAAAAGUGGGUGUGAGAAACACGGAACAAAAAUGGCUAAUCAGUCGUCACCGUCACCGUCGCCGUCACCCCCACGGCGGAGAACUCCUCCACCAACUCCUCAGUACGUGGAGGUUAAUUGCGCAAGUUCUGGAAUGAAACGGCGGUUCGCGAUGGGGACCGACGCGGGGUUUGCGGUGGCACUUAUCAAUCGGAAGUUGAAGGGAAAGGUGGUGCCUGCGUCGCACGUAGAAGCAGUGAAGGAUGGAGAAGAACCCAUCGCAUUUGGCCCCACAUCAUUUCUUUCUGACUUUGGUGAUGGUUGGAAACUCCAAACUGUAACCCUCACUGAUCUUUCUUCAGAAGUGAGGAAUGGACAAUUUCAACAGAUGAGAAUGCAGGCACCGGGGCUAGUUGCAGGUGUCCCGGGUACUGCAAGGAGCGUAUCCAAUCCAAUCACCUUUGUAUAUAUUGUUAAAAUCAUGUUUGCUUUUAUUUUGAUAUUUGUUCUUGGUGCAAUUUUUACUUUGUUUCUCGAUAACCUUCCUGCAUUCAUACUUUUUCUCAAGUCAAUCUAGUGCACUUUUAUGCUUAUGUAUGUAUGCAUUAAAUAAAGGGCUGCUCAAUCAAUCAGCCUUUUUGUUAAGUACUUGAAUUCAAACUAUUUAAUAUUUCAUAUUAGCUGAGCUAAUGAUUUUUAAAUGCUGAGUAUUUAAAUAUUAAUCAGCCUCAAGUUCUUUAAUCCAUGCAUGUAUCUUCCCACAGAUUGACAUAUUUGCUAUAAGCAACACUAAAACAAGCCCUCUAACUUGGCAUCAUCAUUCCAAAGGUAGAAGUGAAACUACUUCCUGAUAGGCUCUGUAAACCGGGUACCUUAAAUCUCAAAAAAUAUUUGAAUAAACUUAUAUUUGAAGGUAGGAAACAUAAUGGCAAAAACUAGUGUGCAGGAACCAUAGUGUUGCAUUGUCCUCUAACUUUAAUUCUUCUUGCACAGUGUGUUUCCUACCUCUCACAUCAUGGAACCAGUGUGUAGGAAGAAUUUGCCCAAUGGAUGUUAGAAGGAGGCACUUCCAUGAUUUGAGAGGUGUCCAUUAAGCUCUUCUGGUGCAUUCUUUUCUGUUUUACUUCAAGAUUUAAAUUUAAAUUAUGGUGAGAAAAGAUGGCAGCAACCAACCUCCAAGUCUACUUUACACAUUCAGUUGCUGGCCUAUCUUCCUCAAACCAAAUUGAGCACCGAUACUCCAGAAUGCAUACAUUUUUUUCCCUAA